GCUUUGACAAAGUUGGCAACACGCUUGCGUGGACCGUACAACGUGAUGGCCGUUGUAAUUCCAUUAGCAGUACAAAUCUCGGAAAGUAUUAUGGUUUUUCAAGAAAAAGCUCCUACCAUUUCUGCUAGAGUUUUGCGCAAAUGUGUACAGAAAGAUAGUGACCCUUCAAUGAAACACGAAAUUGUCCCUUUCAAAGCUCCGUUGGAGCCAUUACCUGAUUUCACGGACACACUUACAGACGCUCACUCACAAUUGCUUACCUCCUUUAUUGCAAAGAUACAAGAAACUCGAGAUUUUUGGGGAAUUGGCCCACGGCUCACGUGUUUUAAUUCUACGUGGGCAGCAUCAGAUGACAGUGCUUUUUGUUGGAAUGAUACAAAAUUGGUAAAUAAUUUGAAAGAUGCUGAUAAAUUGGUGCUCAGCGAUGGAUAUGAAUCAAAUUUUACUACAACUGUAUUUUUGAUCGAAAGGUUAAAAUUAUUAAUGCUUUCGAAUCGACUACUGGAAAGUUUUGAAGGAAGGAGAAUGAAUAACGAAAGCAUAGAUUCUGAUGUAGAAGGCAGUGGUUUCCCAUAUAUUUCUGUUGACGACGAAGAUGGAGAUGAAUUUGAAGAUGGAGGGAGUGGUUUGGAUGAGAAUCAACCAGCGAUUGUAAUCGAUAUAGCAGGAUCUCAUCGAGAUAUCUCAGAACCAUCUGCUACUGAUAAAUCUGAUCUUCAAAGUACUACUACAGUAGUACCUGAAUUGAAAGUUACUCAACCAAAAGUAAAUGUUACGGUUGCAAAGAUUUCUACACGUCAGAAACCAUCUAUUUUUAUAUCAUUAAUUGUUUUAGUAAUUAUUCAUGCCUCAUAG